ACUUUAUCGUUGAAAUAAUUUCUUGUUGCUUUUAACGAUGAGUGGGAGACGAGACUUGCGUGACACAAAGGGUGACGUCAUCUCUGCUAGAUCAUUUCCUGUUGUGAAACAUCUAAAGAAUUCUUCUCGCACGUUUAUCAAUUGUUUCACAGUUUCAUUUCACUGAUUUUUUCCUCUUCAUUAAGCCUGUGAUUUUAAGUCAUUUGCAGAUCGAGGAUAAAUCAUGUCGGUAGUUAGGAAAAAGUUCGUCAUCGUCGGUGACGGUUUAUGCGGGAAGACCUGCCUUUUGAUGACUUUCUCCGCUGGCAAAUUCCCUGAAGGAUACAAGCCUCGAACAGUUGAAAACGAUAUUUUUAACCUCAGCGUUGAUGGCACGACAGUAGAGCUUGAGUUUUGCGAUACAGUUGGAGAAGAUGAUUUCGACAAAGUUCGACCUCUGGCAUAUCCUAACACAGAUGUGGUCGUCAUGUGCUUUUCCAUUGAAAGACCAGAGAGUUUGGAGAGUAUCGCCAAAAAAUGGACACCUGAACUAGCGCAGUUCUGUCCUAAAGCACCGAUAAUCAUUGUUGGGAACAAGAAAGAUCUUAGAGAUGACCAAGGGAUUAAAGAAACGUUAGCGAAAUUAAAUCAGUCUCCUGUGACAAGCGAACAGGGGCGUGCGAUGUGUGAACGAAUUAAUGGACAUGUUUACCUUGAGUGUUCCUCUAAAACUAUGGAAGGAGUUAGAAAUGUAUUUGAAACGGCCGCAAGAGCUGCUCUUUUGAAGAAGCGUGAUCGUAAGAGAUGCUAUAUGCUCUAAAAUCAUCAAGAAAUAUCAGAUUUUUCAACUUCUCAGAUCUCAUUAGUAACUCUCCCUUCAGGCUACUAAGCAUAUCUUUAAGGAUUAGUUGGGAGAAUUUGAAGUUACCGCUGAUAGGCGCCCAGAACAUUCCUUCCUUAGCUGCGCCGCUAGUGUGGCUUAAAAAGUGUUAUUCAGUUUUAAUCGUUAUAAUGCUCAUCUGAAUAUUGUCAUAGAAAAAGUAAAUAUUACCAUUGUAAUUGAUUUAGAACAUUGUUUAUUUUAUAUAAUUUCCAAUAACAUCAAUAUCAUUGCAUUCACACUUUUUCUUGUGAAAAUAUAUCUUUUAUGAAAAUAAUCUUACUUUUCCACCAGAAUCUUACAUCUGUAAACUUUGAUAGGAACAAACCUAUCGAGGACAACCAAACCGUAUAAAAAGAUAAGAAUUUUGAAUCCUUUCAUUACUUUGAAUUUGAUCAAGAAAAGCUACAAACAAUAUUAUGUCGACUUUUCAAGCAAAAUAUAGUUUUUCUCCUUAGAUUGUCUGGAAUUCAAACUUUUCUAUUUUUCUAAUGGAUCUCAUCAGACACAAAAGCAGCCAUGAGAAAAAAAGAAUAUGAAAAGUUUAAAUCAAACGACUUAGAAUCGUACAGGACUUUUUUUUUUCUCGUCGUUUUUAACUGUAGACACAAACAUGACAACCAUUUGUA